AUGAAAGUUUUUAUUUUUAUCAUAUUUUUUCUACCAAUUGUUAUAGCUAUUUAUCUUAAUGAUUGCUUUUGGGAUCCAGUACCAAAUUAUGAUAUAUAUAAAAGAAUAAGAAUAAUUUUUGAUAAUGCUCCAAUUAAAGGUGGACAAAAACAGCAUAGAGAUUUAGCAUUAUUAGUUGAAAAUGAUAAAGAAUACUUUGGAUGGACUGUUGAUACAUUUAAAGAUAUAGAAAAUAUUCGUGCUGAAUUUAAUAUUGAUGGAAAAUAUGUCUUAAAAAAUAAAGGAUUUAGAAUAUUUACAGAUAAAUUUCAAGAUAGUUCAUUUGAAUGGAUAAAAUGUAAUGAAACAGAGAAAAAUAAUUUAGUAUACUAUAGAAAUACAAAAGCUAUAAUGUUAUAUGAUUCUAUUUCUGAUAGUAGUUAUUAUGGAUAUCUUAAUAACGAUACAAUAUAUGCCCUUAAUUAUCAAAAAGAACCUAUUACUGAAAGUAUAUACUUAACAUUACAUAUAUUAUUUUGUCUUUCAAAAACAAUUUAA